UUUUUUAUCUUAAAAUUUUUAAAUAAUUACAAAUUUGUCAUAUUAAUUUUUAGUUUUCUUAACAUUUGUAUAGAAAACUUAUUUAUUUUCUUUUAAAAUUCUAUAUACGAUAAUUAAAAUCUAAAAAUAAGGCUACUUUUUUUUAAUACCUUAGAAAAAUGAAAAUGAAGAAUAAAUUUCAUUUUUAGAAAAUAAACAUGAAAUAUAAACUUCAUUUUGUUGUUUUUUUUUCAUACAAGUAUAAAAUAACAUUCAUUUUUAAAAAAUUUUUUUUAAUAUUUAUAUGAAAAAAAUAAAAAUUUGAAUUUAUUAUAUAAAUAUUUUAAAAAAUGUAAUUUUACAUUUUUCAAAAUAACAAAAAUAUAUUUUUCAUAAUUAAAUAGAUAGUAAAGGAUUAUUUUACUUUGAAUUAUUUUAUUUUGAAUUUUGUAAAGACAAUACGAGCAUGUUAUUUUUAAAUGACUUAGAGUGAAGUCGUGAGAAAGGAUUUAAUAAUUUUUAAUCUAACAGGCGAAAACAUUAUCGAUCAAGUGAAUUAGUGGAAAAAAAAUUUAUGUAGUUGACUCAACCUAGUAGACUAAAGACUUUUUCUUAUUGUUAUUGCGGUUGCUGUCGAUGUAUUUUGUUAAAAAAAAAAAGUUUACUGAAAAGUAAAGCUUUAUUUUUUAAAUUUUCUAGCAAUUUUAUAUUAAAAUUAAAAAUAAUAAAAGUACAACAAAAAAUAAGAUAGCAUUUCUAUAAUUUUUUUAAACACCAAAAAAGAAAAAAAAAUAUAUUAAUUUUCUUUCAAAAACAAUAAAAAUAUUUAUUGCUUUUAUAUUAUUCUUAUCUUAUUGUGGAUAAGGAGGAAUUUGAAAUUAAUAAUUAACCCAAGACCAAGAGAUUAACGAGCACUAGAAACUAUAAAAGUCCAAAAAGAAAAAGGAAAAAAGUAAAAAAAAAAAAAAAGGAGAGCGUGAUAAGAUAAAAUAGGAAUUGGGGUUGUUAUGGUGCGUGUUGGAGCACCGUAAGUCUUAUGGGCCCCACGUUCUCGGGCCGAGGAACGAGAUCCGAGCGUCCGAUCGUGGGGAAUCAUGCCUUCUGGGCCGUCCUUUGACCACGGUCCCACUCUUUUCACUUUUUCGUAAAGUGGAUAUAUGUAAUAUUUAUAAUUAUUUUUUUGAUAAUUACGAAUUGAAUGAGGGCUUUCUGCCAUUUCUGUGUCCGGAGCUUGGCGCCGUCCAUCUUUCCCGAUAGAAUCACAUUGAAAUUUCAAUUCCCGAGAUAUAAAUGAUAAUGUGCAGAGUCGAGAAAUCCCCUAAUUUGUUUCUAUUUUUAUAAUUUAAUCGAAUGCAAACAGGGAAGUAAUAUGGAAUUCACAUGUAGAUAGAUUUGGAGGAGGCCGGUGGGGUGGGGAGAGUAAAGAUGCCGUUCGAACUGGGAAACUAAUUUUUUUUUUUGAAAAUAUUUUUUUGUGAUUCUAUUUUUUGAUGGGUAUUUGCUGGAAUUCCUUAUUUUCUCAUUUCGUACGCACUUUUUCUAUUUUCCAUAAUUAAUGCAUUCUGUUGUUUUUUUUUUUUUUUCAUGAAAGAGUGUUUUGACUGUGAGUCUAAUAAGGAAGGCUGGUCUGGCAUUGAGUAUCGCUAAGGAUUUCGUUUCCCCCAAUUCUCGCCUUUUGGAAUCCUCAGUUUGUUUUUCUUUUUUUUUUUUUCAAAAUUUCCUCUGUUGCGGAUACGGUUUGCUCGAAGUUGUCUUUUAAACUUACGGUGCCCCUACCUGCUUAAUUUGGAUUUCUGCUUUAGCCUUUUUGGCUCUAUAAAUCAAUCUUCGCCUCUCUUCUCUCCCUCACUUUCUCCUUCUUUAUCUCAUUCCCCUAGCUACCUUGCUUCCAUCAGUUUUGAUAAUCAGAUUUGAUGCCUUGAAGAUUUUUCACCAGCCUUGGAAGAUCCGGUUGUGUUUGAUUUUAUACUGUCUCCCACCCCAUCUUUUUUUCCUUUUUUCUUUGCCGUCGCCGAGUACUGCGUUUGUUAGAUCCAUUUCUGCAAAUUGCACAAGAUGGAGGGAGGUCCCCCUGGCGCGAGUAAGACAGAAUUUACAGAAUGCUGGCAAAGAACAUGGAAAACUCCUUACCUUAUGCGCCUCGCCUUGUCGGCUGGAAUUGGAGGACUUCUGUUUGGCUAUGACACAGGAGUCAUUUCUGGUGCCCUCCUCUACAUCAAGGAGGAUUUCGACGCUGUCCAAAGGAAAACAUGGCUGCAGGAAACUAUCGUCAGUAUGGCGGUGGCAGGAGCCAUUGUCGGUGCUGCUAUUGGUGGAUGGAUGAACGACAGGUUUGGCCGGAAAAAAUCAAUUUUGGCUGCUGAUUUUGUCUUCUUCAUUGGUGCAGUGAUCAUGGCUGCUGCUCCAACUCCUUGGGUCAUUAUUCUUGGAAGAAUAUUUGUUGGUCUUGGGGUUGGAAUGGCAUCUAUGACCGCCCCCCUUUACAUUUCAGAAGCUUCUCCUGCUAGAAUUAGAGGAGCUCUUGUUAGCACCAACGGUUUGCUGAUUACAGGAGGACAAUUUCUCUCUUACCUUAUUAAUCUGGCAUUCACCAGGGCGCCUGGAACCUGGCGCUGGAUGCUUGGAGUUGCAGGACUUCCAGCUUUAGUUCAGAUGGUGUUGAUGUUGUCGCUCCCUGAGUCUCCAAGGUGGCUCUAUAGAAAGAAUAAAGUGGAAGAGGCACAGGCCAUCCUAGAGAAGAUUUAUCCUCCUCAUGAAGUUGAAGGGGAGUUGAAAGCUUUGCAUGAAUCAGUCGAAGCUGAGAAGAACGAGGAAGGUGGUAUUGGGGAUGAAAAUAUCCUAACAAAAGUGAAGAAAGCUUUCAAAAAUGAUGUUGUCCGAAGGGGGCUCUAUGCUGGGGUUACUGUCCAAGUGGCUCAGCAGUUUGUCGGUAUAAACACAGUCAUGUAUUACAGUCCAACCAUAGUUCAGUUUGCUGGAUUUGCUUCAAACAAGACAGCUCUUGCUCUUUCCCUUGUCACUUCUGGUCUGAAUGCUGUUGGAUCCAUUAUCAGUAUGGCUUUUGUUGAUCGAUAUGGGAGGCGGAGGAUGAUGAUUGUCUCCAUGUUCGGCAUUAUUAUUUGCCUUGUGUUUAUAUCCAUUGUGUUCUUUCAAGCUGCUCUUCAUGCUCCUGCCGUCAGCCAGUCUGCUUCCACACACUUCGGGACGAACUCUACUUGCCCAGGCUACCUUACAGCGCCCAAUGCUGCGUCAUGGAAUUGUAUGAGCUGCUUGAAAGCGGAGGAUUGUGGGUUUUGUUCUAGUGCAGGGAGCCAUUAUAAUCCUGGAGCAUGUUUGUCUUCAACCAAGGAACUAAAAGGUUUAUGCAAAGCAGAACACCGCACGUUCUUCAGCAAUGGGUGUCCAAGCAAAUUCGGAUUUCUCGCGGUUGUACUCCUCGGACUGUACAUCAUUGUGUAUGCUCCUGGGAUGGGAACUGUCCCUUGGAUUGUGAACUCGGAGAUAUACCCAUUGAGAUUCAGAGGCAUAGGUGGAGGAUUGGCUGCUGUUUCCAACUGGAGUUCAAACCUGAUAGUGAGUGAGACCUUCUUAACUCUGACUGAGAGCCUCAGUUCUGCUGGCACAUUCCUCCUGUUUGCUGGAUUUUCCUUCCUCGGCCUCAUCGCGAUCUACUGGCUCGUUCCUGAAACGAAGGGAAUGCCAUUUGAGGAGGUUGAGAAGAUGCUGGAGAAAGGAUUCAAACCCAAGUCCUGGCUCAGAAUAAGAAAGAGGCUAGGCCCAAACAAGGAGGAUGAAAGCAAAUAGAGUGGGUGGGGCGCGGGGGGGGGGGGGGGGGGGGGGGGGGGGGUGGGUGUGUUGGGGAAGGGUGGGGGUGCAUGUAUCCAUUGUGGUUUUGUUGCAAAUAAAGAGGAUUUUAUG